AUGAUGCGAGGAGUGAUAAUAAUGAAUGAUCAAGGAAAACCUCGCCUCAUCAAAUUCUAUCAGUUUCAGCCUGUUGAGAAGCAGCAGGAGCUAGUUCGAAGCAUUUACAGAAUUUUGUGCAGUCGAGCUGAUAAUGUCAGUAAUUUCGUUAAAGUGGAUUCACUAUUCGGGCCGGAUGUUCGGCUCGUCUAUAAAACUUAUGCGACUUUGUACUUCGUCUUCGUAUUUGACAAUGCCGAGAAUGAUCUUGCAAUGCUAGAUCUCAUGCAAGUUUUCGUGGAGACACUGGACAAGUGUUUCAGUAAUGUAUGUGAGCUGGACAUAGUGUUCAAUUUUAAAAAGGUGCAUACAAUUCUAGAUGAGAUCAUAUUGGGCGGCCAAGUGCUCGAGACAAGUUCUUCAGAAGUCGUGAAGGCUGUUGACGAAAUCUCGAGGCUAGAGAGCAGUUCAAAUUCAAUUAUUUCAUCAAUCCCUGGUUGGCAGGGUCGAUAG